ACACAUAUAACUACAUGGAUGCCACUACAACUGUAAACAAUACACAAGCUCGCCCAUCUCUUGCCCCACAGCAUCACUGUCUCGGCCAUGGCUACCCAUCUCCAAUUCCAUCACUGCGUCUCCACCCUCUGCCCCAAGCUAUCCUUUGUCCGAAACCCUAAAUUUAUUCGGUGGUUCUCUGCACCGUUCCCCCGGAAAGUUAGGGUCUUCACUUUGCGUGAGAAGUUCAGAGGCAGAGAGGGAGUUUACUCUGUUUGUUGUUUCUGUAAAACCGGCUCCGAGAUUGAAAGGGUUUCGGUUCAGGAGGAAGAGAAUGAGCGGCCCCCGUUCGAUAUCAACCUCGCUGUCAUUCUCGCUGGUUUCGCAUUCGAAGCCUACACAAGUCCCUCAGAAAAGGUCGGGAGGUGUGAGAUUGAUGCUGCAGGUUGUAAGACAGUGUAUUUAUCAGAGUCAUUUGUAUGUGAGAUAUAUGACGGCCAAUUGUUCAUAAAGUUAAAAAAGGGUUUGGAUUUGCCAGCCAUGGAUCCGUGGGGAACAAGUGAUCCAUAUGUGGUCAUGCAAUUGGAUGGACAAGUUGUCAAAAGCAAGGUCAAAUGGGGGACAAAAGAGCCAAGAUGGAAUGAGGACUUCACUUUUAAUAUCAAGAAGCCUCCGACAAAGUUUCUCCAGGUUGCAGCUUGGGAUGCAAACCUUGUAACUCCACAUAAGCGAAUGGGUAAUGCAGGCAUUAGUCUCGAUUGCCUCUGUGAUGGAUAUUCACAUGAAAUGGUAGUGGAGUUGGAAGGAAUUGGUGGUGGUGGAAAGAUACAGCUGGAGGUCCAGUACAAAACUUUUGAUGAAAUUGAUGAAGACAAAAAAUGGUGGAGGGUUCCCCUUGUUUUGGAAUUUCUUCGGAAACAGGGUUUUGAGUCUGCUCUGAAAAUGGUUGUGGGCUCUGAGUCUGUACAAGCACGACAGUUUGUACAAUAUGCUUUUGGGCAGUUAAAGGCUUUCAAUGAUGCGAACCUUUGGAAGGGUCAGUUUUCUAACAUUGACAAGUAUGAUACCAUGGGACUCGGAAAAUCAAAUGAUUCUAUUGUGUCAGACAUGCCUUCACAAAUAGAUAGAGAUUCAGAAGCCUCUUCUAAUGACACAGGCUACAACGAAGAUAGCAAAUUAGAGGAUUUUUAUGCAGAGAAUGGUGGUAUGGAGGGUGAAUAUCCCUUUGAACCAGUGACACCUGUUGGUGAUUCAGAGCAAUCAGAAAAACUUUUUUGGAGGAACUUUGCAGAUGUUAUCAGUCAAAAUGUUGUUCAGAAACUUGGUCUCUCUGUUCCUGAGAAUUUAAAGUGGGAAUCAUUUGACUUGUUAAAUAGAACUGGCUUGCAAUCUCAAAAAAUUGCAGAAGAGGGUUAUAUUGAAUCAGGGCUUGCAACUCCAGAAAGUCUGGGUGAUGAGAUCGAUAAAACAAGUGGCUCACUUGGCAUUAGCAAAAUAGGGUCAUCAAUACCAGAUAUUAAAAAAGUGACACAGGAUAUAAUGAGACAGACUGAUUCUGUUUUAGGAGCAUUGAUGCUUCUGAAUGCAACUGUUUCUCAAUUAACAAGGGAUAGGCGUCCUGUAGGAAAGAAUGAAGCAAAAGAAGAAAAUCCAAUCAAACUGGAAGAUGAUGUUGAUGUAAGACACUCUACAAGUGAGAAGCUUUCCAGCUCUAGGAAUGGGCCAGUCGUGGAUGAAAAGAGAGCUGAGGAGAUGAAAGCACUUUUUUCAACUGCUGAGACUGCCAUGGAAGCUUGGGCUAUGCUUGCCACAUCACUUGGCCAUCCUAGUUUUAUUAAGUCUGAAUUUGAGAAGAUAUGUUUCUUAGAUAAUGCAUCCACAGACACACAGGUUGCAAUUUGGCGUGAUUUUGCAAGGAGAAGAUUAGUUAUCGCUUUCAGAGGGACUGAACAAGCACGAUGGAAGGACCUGAGAACUGAUCUGAUGCUAGUUCCUGCAGGGCUAAAUCCUGAAAGGAUAGGGGGCGAUUUCAAGCAAGAAGUCCAAGUUCACAGUGGUUUUCUAAGUGCAUAUGAUUCAGUCAGGACAAGGAUAAUUUCUCUCAUUAAAUCUGCAAUUGGUCAUAUAGAUGAUCUUUCUGAGCCGCUGCUCAAAUGGCAUGUGUAUGUGACCGGGCAUAGUUUAGGUGGAGCAUUGGCUACCCUUCUUGCUCUCGAGCUUUCCUCUAGUCAGUUAGCUAAGUGUGGGGCAAUCUCUGUGACUAUGUAUAACUUUGGGUCUCCUAGAGUUGGUAACAAAAAGUUUGCAGAAGUUUAUAACAGGAAAGUUAAAGAUAGCUGGCGAGUUGUAAACCACAGAGAUAUUAUACCAACAGUCCCUCGCUUGAUGGGUUAUUGCCAUGUAGCUCAACCUGUUUAUCUAGCAGCUGGAGAUCUAAGAGACGCCUUGGAAAAUAUGGAGCUUUCAGGAGACGGUUACCAAGGUGAUGUGCUUGGGGAGUCCACACCGGAUGUUCUUGUCAGUGAAUUUAUGAAGGGUGAGAAAGAACUGAUUGAAAAGCUUUUACAAACUGAAAUAAAUAUAUUCCGUUCAAUUAGAGAUGGGAGUGCACUUAUGCAGCAUAUGGAGGAUUUUUAUUACAUCUCACUGCUAGAGAAUGUGAAGUCGAAUUACCAGACUGUCACCAUUUCGCAAUCCAAUCAACAAGAUAGCUCAUCAAUCAGCUAGGGCUGGCCUAGGAAGCUUGUGAUGUCCAGAGGCCCACAGCAAGGUUGUACAUAUACCUCCCAUCAGCUAUAUAGAUAUCAAAUAGAAAAUUAUACCCUAUAAGAUACUAUUUAACCUGGUCUACUAAUAUCAUACCCCCCCUCGUCCCCCUUUUUAAAACACCAUCUUCUAUUGAAUUGAAGCGAAGGUAAAUAAUGCUUCAAAGAUAGGGUUUUAAUAGUUGGCAGUGGUGAACCCUUUCUUAUCUCACAAUCAACAUUUGUUUGGGAAAUUUGUUUAAAAUAGCAUUGAUAUUCCUUUA